AUGGAAUACUACGAAAACAGACUGAAGACUUUUGACACAUAUCCGAAACAGAUAUUACCAGAUAAAUACCAAUUAGCCAGAGCCGGAUUUUACUAUACCAAAGAGGCGGAUAUUGUCGUUUGUUUCCGGUGUGGCGUAAAAUUGAGUCAGUGGGAACCACACGAUAAUCCCUCCACAGAACAUUUGAAAUGGUCACCAAAUUGCAAGUACAUGAAAAUGAUAGGCCCGGAAAAGCAAGCCUAUUUGGGAACUGGGGGCUUAUUUAGUAAUGUACACAAAUAUAGAACUUCUUUUGGAUUUGGAACAAACAGUAACUCCGCUCCUUCCUUUGGUUUCGGAUCGGAAACAGGCGCUAAUUUAUUCGCACCAAAGUGA